AUGUCGGAGACGGCGUACCGGAGACCCGUGCAGAUCACCGCGGACCCCCGCGUUUACAGGGGCUCCGUGUUCGCCAAUCGGCGGUUGGCUCAUGAUAGAGUGAGUGUCCAAUUUGCGUCCCUUCUAGUCCUCAUUGUUUCCAGGCACGUCAAGCAGAGCAGGUGGAAUCCAAAGAGAAGCGCUACCGCGUGGGCGUGAUCCGCGAGCAACUGAGCACCCUUUUGCCACGUGUCCCACAGCCGUCGGCCGCCCGAAAAGUCCGUCGUGCCACGCCGCUUCUUCCGCAGACCACCAAGCCGUGAGUGUGUGUUGAGUUGCAUGCAAAUUCAUCGAGUGCCGACACGCAACUCGCAUUUCCGGACAAUAUUUUAUGACUAACAUGCCGAAGACGGAGAGAGAGGGAGAGAGAGAGAGAGAGAGAGAGGAAGAGAGGGAAAACGAACAGGUGUGUUAAGUAUUAGACAACGGAAGUGGUGAUGACGACGGGAAAUCAGUGCGGACAGAGAAAAUGAGAAAACAAAGUUACUUUGAUUGUGUCAAACACAAUGGAUUUGCAUAGAAAGUUCGAUUUAAUUCUUUGUACAUUUGUAUUUCAGCCGUUUCUCCACAUUUCUGCCGGAUAUCACUUCUGGAAACGGCGCCGCGCUCAGCGUUGAUAAAUCGCGCGGAGCCCGUUCGUUCGCCACUGCCAGAUUCGUUCCGGUCAAAAGUUCAACGACCAAAUCUGGAAAUGGAGACAUUUUUGGGCGGACGGCAGUCGAAAAAGAGCCCGACCCCUCUGCGUCUUCUCAAUUUCCCGUCAAAGUCGUGGUGAACUUUGAGAGCGCCAUUCAGCCGGACGGACCUUCGGGCAGAAGACACAGUCGCCACGUGGCACUCUCGCAGACGGCCACUCCGCCGCCCUCUUCCCGACCAGUUUACCAGAUUGUUGAUAGUGGAGUGCAGACGGACGAUGUACCCGAAAACCGGCAAAAAUCAAAAGUCAAGCAGUUUCUUUCAGAAUUUCGAUCAAAAGUUCGAAGGAAUGGUGAAGGAGCUCGCCAACUCGGCCAUAGAAAUGGCGCUAAUAAAUCUGGAAGUGAGCAUUGUUUCCGAUUGAAUCCGGCUCCUCGAAUUCGUCGUUGUUUCAGGCGGAGAACACGCUACGGGAGGUGCGGAAGACGGCGCAAGCGACGGAGCAUGAGCUCCGCGCGGUCACGCGGAAACAGAAUAUCGAGUCGGCGGACUGGAGACGCCAGAUUCACCAGAAGGUGACCAGUUGUAUAGGAAGAUUUGCGGCCAAAAUGACGCCUUGUUUCAGAAUCUCGAGUUGGCGACGUGGAAACAGCAAGAAGCAGAGGCCCGGAAAGCACAGAAACUCGCACAGAUUACUUGCGAUGAGGUACACGAACAGUAAUCCGAAAUGUUUCACCAGCAUCAUUUAGAUCGCCAGGAAAACUUGGGAAAACAUUCGAAUAAUCGAGAAGAACUCAAAAAGGUCAAUAGGUUUGGACACUCGAGAUAUGGUCCAAUUGGCGCAGAAAAUGACACUGGUGACUGCAGGUUUGAGCUGAUUACUGUAGACGGUUACAGUAAUCUCGGACGUUCCAGAACUCGAGAAGGACUUUUUCCCCUGGAUAUUCCAUCGUGCCGAACGGCUAUUCAGGAAUCGCAUCGCGAGAAGUCAACUCGAUCAUAGUGAGUCUGAAACAGGAAAAUAUCGAACUUUGAAUUUUCAGGCAUGCUAAGCGAGUUUCAUCACCGUCGAGAACAAGCAAAGAAAAGACUGAUCAAUAUGGACUCCCACACAUUUUAAUAAGCUGUUUAGAUCUCGCUAGACUUACCUAGAUUGUCUCAAGAAUGAAGCGGUUCAAAAACUUGAAAAUGUUUGAUCUCGAAAUAGGUCGAGCACUUUGCUUCGAUGGGUUCUUGAGCAAACAAACUCGGAAUGUAUACUCAAGUUCAGCCAGAACGCCGCAUUUCAAAUCGAUUCCCGGUGCCACGUCACUAUUGUCCUUGAAAACGCGUGUGUUUCUUUCUUUUUCUCAUUACAAUUUCGUGUCUAUUUCGUCUCGAGACCCAGGUAAACACAGAAACAGUACGCCUCUUUCCUCUGCGUCCCACUCACUCCUUCCUCCCGCGCUUAUGAUUCAUGAUUCUUUCAUAACACAGAAUAUAUAAUAAUCGGUUUUCCAUUUCAUCGUCACAUUUCUUCCAGAAGAAUGCUCUUUUCCUACCGUACUCUCGCACUUCUCUCCCUAAUAAUCGGCGCGUUCUCUUUGGAGUGCUACACCGGAUUCACGUACCUCAAGGCUCAAUCUGUCGGUGAGAAAAGGCACAGCUCUUCGAAUAGUGAACGAACUUCAGGUACUUCCAAAGAAACGUGCUCCUCGCCAAAUGAUUACUGCUACAACAUGACUGCCGAUCUGAGCUCGCUGAACAACGUCAAAAAGGGCGGAUGCUCUUCCACGAGAUGCUUUGUGAGUUCCAACAGAGAUCCGCAUCUUGUAGAUUAACAACUGGUCAAAAGUGAAAAUUUUCAAUGCUAAACAACCGAUUUUCCAUUCGAAUUCAUAAAAAGUGACUUCAGAUCGCUCGUAACAAGUGCGUGACGCAGUCACUCGGUGGAACCCAAAUUCAGUUUUGCUGCUGCAACACCGGAGAUCUCUGCAACUCCAAACUCACUGUAAGACCCCCAAAAUUUGAAAUAUUGCCCAUAUUAUCGCUUUCUUUUUCAGAAUAUGACUUUCUUCGAGAAGACGAAGCAGAGAGGAAAGGACUUUUUGGACAUGCUCAAGGGAUAA